AUGGCGCUGGACGGAUCUAGCGGCUAUGCUGCGUCCGGGAAUUUGGCGAAGCUGACUGAGGCGUCUCUACCGAUGUUCAACGUCGAACAAGUUCAGCUCGCGUUCUCGGUUGCGGCGGAUUUCGUCGGUGCUCAGGUUGCCAACAAUGUCAUAAUCCUUGCCCUUGCUACCGGGAGGAUACUAAGAAUCGACUUGAAUAGCCCAAAGGAUAUAGAUGAUAUCGAUCUGCCUAAGAAGUCCUCCGAGGUUGGUGUCAUCCGUCGCAUGUUCCUUGAUCCUUCAGCGUCACAUUUGAUCAUCACCACCACACUUGGGGAGAAUUAUUAUCUUCAUACCCAAUCCCGACAACCAAAGCCCCUGCCACGGCUGAAAGGCGUCUCUAUUGAAAGUGUAGCAUGGAACCCUGCGCAACCAACAGCAUCCACCCGAGAGAUUCUAGUCGGCGCGGCAGAUGGAAAUAUCUAUGAGGUGUAUAUCGAACCAGCGUCAGAGUUCUAUCGCCGAGAUGAGAAGUACAUGCACGGGGUAUACAAACUUACCGGAAUGGCGGUGACGGGGAUCUGGGUAGAUUUCGUUGCUGGUAAACAAGAUCUCCGGCACGUUGUCUUGUCCUCAAAUGGAAGAAUACUUUACUUUAGAGGAAAGGUCGGUAGGCAUGGGAGAGAAGGAGGCGGCUCGUUAUACGCAGAUUUGUUCCAGCGGGAAACGCCACUCGUCCAUGAGCUAUCCUCAGCAUCUUUGUCCGCACCGUCUCUUUUAGCUGUCUUGCCUGAACCUCUUGAUUGUACCCAUGGCGAAGAACCGUUUGGUGAAAAGCAUUUCGCUUGGCUCUCCAGUCAGGGUGUCUUCCAUGGACCCAUUCCUAAUUUAUGCGCUGACCCACAAGUUGGAAACCGUGUAUUUGAUAAUGCGAAAAUGAUUUCUCGCUCAAUUUUACCUGCCACGGAAUCCGCCAGGGGCGGGAAAAAGCUCAUUCAAGACCCAAUAAAGGGAAUGGUCAUGACGCAAUGGCAUAUCCUCACCCUAGUCGAAGGCCGCAUCGUCGCCAUCAACCGGCUAAGUGGCGAAAUAGUAUACGACCAGGCCGUACUUGAACCAGGCGAAAGCUCCCUGGGACUGGUUUCAGAUUCGAAGAAAAGCACUUAUUGGCUUUUCACUGCGAAAGAAAUAUUCGAAAUCGCUGCCAACAACGAAGACAGGGAUAUAUGGAAAACAUUCCUCAAAGAGCAGAAAUUUGAUGCUGCCUUACGAUAUGCCCACGACGCAGCUCAGAAGGAUGCUGUUGCUACUGCUUCUGGUAACUAUCUAGCUAGCAAGGGCCAGUUCCUUGACGCUGCGCAGGUUUGGGGCAAAAGCAGUAAACCUUUCGAGGAAGUUUGUUUAACGUUUAUUGACAAAGGAGAGAUGGACGCAUUACGAAAGUACCUGUUGACUCAAAUGUCCGUAUAUAAGAGUUCCUCAGCGAUGCAACGGACAAUGAUAGCUAGCUGGCUCAUCGAGGUUUUCAUUUCAAAAAUGGAUUCCCUAGAUGAUGCAGUCUUAACACGGGCCGAACUAUCAGAGGGAUCCAAUUCUGUGGAAGCGAAGAACCAGCUACAGAAAAUCAAAUCCGAAUUUCAAGCUUUUCUAUCAAAAUACAAAGCCGAUCUGGACUCUAAAACUGUCUAUGAUAUUAUCGGGAGCCAUGGUCGCGAAGAGGAAUUGCUGUACUUUGCAAUCACGAUCAACGACCACAACUUCGUGUUAUCCUAUUGGGUCCAGCGCGAGAAAUGGGCUGAAGCCCUAGAUGUGCUGAAGAAGCAGACUGACCCGGAAGUCUUCUAUAAGUACAGCAGCGUCUUGAUGACGCACGUUGCUACAGAUCUCGUCGAUAUUUUAAUGCGGCAGACGAACCUUGACCCAUCCAAACUCAUUCCGGCCCUUCUAAGCUACAAUAAAGACACAAAGGUUUCUCUUUUGCAAAACCAGGCCGUUAGAUACCUUAAUUUCAUUAUCAACAACCACCCCAACCCUUCGGCAGCCGUGCAUAAUACCUUAAUCUCCAUAUACGCCUCUCAUCCUUCCAAAUCGGAGGCCGGCCUUCUUACCUACCUUGAAUCUCAACCUAUAUCUCCGCCUCCAUAUGAUGCAGAUUUUGCGCUGCGAUUAUGUAUCCAGCAUGGUCGCGUUCAGUCCUGUGUCCAUAUUUAUAGCAUGAUGGGUCAAUAUCUCGAGGCUGUGCAGCUAGCUCUGAAGCACGAUGACAUUGAACUAGCAGCACUUGUUGCUGAUCGGCCGGAAGGAAAUAACAAACUACGGAAGAAGCUCUGGCUCCUUGUUGCGGAAAAAAAGAUCCACCAACCGGGGACUGGAAUCAAAGACGCGAUUGAAUUUCUUCGUCGGUGUGAACUCCUUCGCAUUGAAGAUCUCAUACCGUUCUUCCCGGAUUUUGUCGUGAUUGAUGAUUUCAAAGACGAAAUUUGUACCGCUUUGGAAGAUUAUUCUCGCCAUAUCGAUUCUCUGCGGCAGGAAAUGGACAAUUCAGCCCAUGUUGCUGAUGAAAUUAGAAGAGAAAUUGCAUCUUUGGGCACCCGGUAUGCAAUCGUCGAGCCGGGAGAGAAGUGCUGGAUAUGUUCGCUGCCAGUGCUCAGCAGACAGUUUUUCGUGUUCCCGUGUCAGCACGCGUUCCAUAGCGAUUGUUUGGGGAGGAAAGUGAUGGCUGCUGCCGGUGCAGGGAAGAGAAAACACAUCAAGGAUUUGCAGGCCGAAAUGAGUAAGACGUCAAACACCGCUGCGAGAAGGGAGCAGGUUAUUCGGGAGUUGGAUGGCUUGGUCGCCGAAGCUUGUAUUUUGUGUGGUGAUUAUGCUAUUAAACAAAUUGAUGAGCCGUUUAUCACCGCGUCGGAUGAUAAAACUGAAUGGUCACUUUGAACAAGUGCCUGGAUGGAGUGAUUCUAUGCACCCUUUGGAUACUGAUACGUUUACUCCGUACAUAUACCACAUUAGACUCAAAAUUUGUGGAACGUAUAAUAACAUGAUAAUGGAAAUCUAAGUUUCCAUCUCAUAACAAAUUCAAACCUCAUGCUCAAUAUCAGCUACACGAGGUACCUUAUCAACCCUCACCCUCGCAAAGUCCGCAACAAGCUCAAUCUAUACUGUCCAUCAGCAAAAUCCACACGCCCCUGGGGGGAAGGAUUCGAAGCCUUCGGGAACAACUUACACACUGAUGCACCUUCUCCACAUCCUCCAUACUCACACCCACCCUCCUCGUCCCUCUCAGAUGCCAAUGCGUCUCACUUCUCAGGUUCUGAAUCAUAAUACCCGACAAGACGACCAAUUCGGUCUCAACGUCAUCGAUGACGGAGUGGUCGGAGAGGUAGAGGCCGUAGGUGAUUUGGUACGAGAUCCAUGCGAAAUCCUUAUGGGAGGCCAGCGCGUCGUUGAUGGAGAGGAUGUUGUGCUUGUAGAUGCGGUCGAGCCAGGCUUUGCCGCGGGCGUGGUUGGCGGGCCCAGAUUGCCAGUGUUCCCUGGUUGAUAUGCGGGUUAAUUGUAGAUCUCUUUGUUUUCUUCUUGCAGGGUGGAGAAUAUCGAAUAAGUAACGCAAGACGGAUAUCUGGAGGGAAAGAGAGAGAUAGACAGAGGGGCACACGUAGACUUAGUACGAACCUGGAGAAUGAGUAGUCCUU